AUGCUGUUCAUCAUCAUAUUUAUUUUUAUACUUUUGCUGCUAACGUGGUGGUUAAUUCGCUGGCAGCAAGUAAAGAGCUAUUGGGCCGCGAGAAAUGUACCGCAUGAGCCACCUCAUCCAGUCUUGGGAAGCCUGACAUUCCUGCAAAAGGAAAAUCCUUCCAUUUGGCUAAUAAAACUUUACAAGAAGUUUCCGUUUCCUUACAUUGGAAUAUGGUUGUUUUGGAAACCAGCCUUGAUCAUCAAUUCUCCGGAACUCGCGCGGCAGAUUCUUACUAAGGACGCGGAUACAUUCAGAAACAGAUUCUCGAAUGCCGGCAAGUCGGAUCCUGUUGGAGCACUGAACCUGUUUAUGAUUAAUGAUCCAGUCUGGUCUUCCGUGCGACGUCGCUUGACUCCUGUCUUCACAAAAUUAAAAUUACAAGCAUUAUACCCAAUACUCAUCAGGAAAUCUAACGAUCUAAAGAAACGAAUAAAAGAAGACACUGAGAAAAAUAUUAAGAUAAAUUUGAGAUCACUGUUCGUUGAUUAUAGCACGGACAUUCUCGGAGAAGCCGCCUUUGGAGUCAGCAGUAAUUCAAUAACAACUGGAGAGAGUGCUAUGAGAGAGGUCACUAAAGAUUUCAUGAAGUUUGACUGGCUGAGAGGAUUGCAGUGGUCAUGUAUAUUCUUCUUCCCGGAACUAGCAGAUUUUUUUAGGUGUAAACUGUUCCCGAAAGAAUCUUUGAAAAUUCUUAGGAAAAUAUACAGAACGAUGGUUGCUGAACGGAGUAAAAGCCAAAGCAUUUCGGGAAAGAGUAAAGAUCUACUUGAUGCUCUGAUGGCCAUGAAAAUAGAGGCAGCUGCAGAGAAUGAAGUUUACAACGAAGACCUAUUAUUUGCGCAAGCAACAUUGUUUGUUCAAGCUGGAUUUGAAACGACCUCGUCAGCAAUUACUUUUGCUAUUUAUGAAUUAGCUUACAAUCCAGAAAUACAGGAACGUCUGUAUAGAGAAAUAGUCGAAGCCAAACAGAAGAUGGAGGGCAAUGAACUUGAUGGAGUAGUACUAUCUAACUUACAAUAUCUUAACUGUGUUAUUAAUGAAACCCUACGGAAAUACCCGUCUCUCGGUUGGUUAGACCGGGUAUCUUCACAAAGCUACAAAGUGGACGAUACGCUGACCGUACCAGCUGGAACUGCGGUGUAUGUCAACGUGGCUGGGAUCCAAUCCGAUCCUCAGCUAUUUCCAAAACCUGAAGAGUUUAUCCCGGAGCGUUUCAACACAGACAAUAACAAUAUCAAGCCGUUUACUUUCAUACCUUUUGGAGAAGGUCCUAGACAAUGUAUAGGUAUACGUUUUGGCUAUCAAACGAUACAAUUUGGAUUAUCUGCAAUUAUUCUGAACUUUAAAUUGCGUCCCAUAGAAGGGUCACCGCUGCCUAACAACUGUCAUAUUGAAAGCAAAGGGUUUGUUUACACUGCCGAUCAUCCCUUGCAUAUACAGUUCGUGCCCAGAAACUGA